AUGGAGCUGUCCGAGGUCCGGUGCUCCAGCGCCAGCGAGGAGCUGGGCACCGGGGGCCACCGGACACCGGGCGGCGGGUCGCGACCCAAGCGGCUCCUGUGGCAGAACGCGGUGCGGCACAUCACCGAGCAGCGGUUCAUCACCGAGCAGGGGGGGGUGCAGGACCCGGACCCGGGCCAGGACCCGGACCCGGGGUCCCGGAAGCAGUCCGCGGGGGGGGCGGCGGGGGACCGGCACAACGGCACCAAGGUGUUCCCGGCGGAGCGCGCCAGCAGCGACCUGGGCUUCCUGCAGAUCGACCCCCCCCCGAGCAGCGCGUCCGACUUCUUCCUGAACCGGGGUCACGUGGUCCGCGGCGUCAUCUUCCCCACGCUGCGGGACGCCUUCAAGUCCCGGGACCUGGAGCGGCUCUACCAGCGCUACUUCCUGGGCCAGCGCCGGAAGUCCGUGGUGGUGAUGAACCUGCUGGACCUGGUGAUGAAGCUCACGCUGCUGCUGCUGCACCUGGGCCUGGGCCACGCCCCCAUGGACCCCAUCAAGGGGGGGCUGCUGGGCUUCUUCACGGGCAUCGAGGUGGUGAUCUGCGCCCUGGUGGUCGUGCGGAAGGACACCACGUCGCACGGAUACCUGCAGUACAGCGGCGUGGUCACGUGGGUGGCCAUGGCCACGCAGAUCCUGGCGGCCGGGUUGGGCUACGGGUUGCUAGGCGACGGGGUGGGCUACGUGCUCUUCACGCUGUUCGCCACCUACAGCAUGCUUCCGCUUCCGCUGGCGUGGGCCAUCGCCGCGGGCCUGUUCACUUCCGGCCUGCACGUGCUGGUGCAGCUGCUCGUCUCCCACAAUGCACCGCUGUUCACCAACCAGGUUGCAGCUCAGGCCGUGUUGUUCAUGUGCAUGAACACGGCCGGGAUCUUCAUCAGCUACCUGUCGGACCGCGCCCAGCGCCAGGCCUUCCUGGAGACGCGGCGCUGCAUCGAGGCCCGGCUGCGGCUGGAGACGGAGAACCAGCGCCAGGAGAGACUGGUGUUAUCGGUCCUUCCACGUUUUGUAGUUUUGGAGAUGAUCAACGACAUGACAAAUGUAGAGGACGAACACCUCCAGCAUCAGUUCCACAGGAUCUACAUCCACCGCUACGAGAACGUCAGCAUUCUUUUCGCAGAUGUUAAAGGAUUCACCAACCUCUCCACCACGCUGUCGGCCCAGGAGCUGGUGCGGAUGUUGAACGAGCUCUUUGCUCGAUUCGACCGCCUGGCACACGAGCACCACUGUCUGAGGAUAAAGAUCCUGGGAGACUGUUACUACUGCGUGUCCGGUCUGCCCGAGCCCCGGCAGGACCACGCCCACUGCUGCGUGGAGAUGGGCCUCAGCAUGAUCAAGACCAUCAGAUACGUGAGGUCACGCACGAAACACGACAUCGACAUGCGCAUCGGGAUCCACUCGGGCUCGGUGCUGUGCGGCGUGCUGGGACUCAGGAAGUGGCAGUUCGACGUCUGGUCCUGGGACGUGGACAUCGCCAACAAGCUGGAGUCCGGAGGGAUCCCAGGACGGAUCCACAUCUCCAAGGCGGCCCUGGACUGUCUGAACGGGGACUACGAGGUGGAGGAGGGACACGGGAAGGACCGCAACGACUUCCUGCGGCGCCACAACAUCGAGACGUUCCUCAUCAAGCAGCCGGAGGAGAGCCUGCUCACGCUGCCCGAGGACAUCAUGAAGGAGAGCGCCAGCUCGGCCGACCGCCGGGUCAGCAGCGCCACCUUCAACGAGGCGUCCUGGAGCCCGGAGCUGCCGUUCGACAACAUCGUGGGCAAGCAGAACACUCUGGCUGCCCUCACGAGAAAUUCGAUCAAUCUGCUUCCAAACCAUCUCGCUCAAGCUUUGCAUGUCCGCUCCGGUGCCGAGGAACUUAACACGCGAAUAGAGAGCGCCAUCGACUUGCGGAGCGGCGAUAAGUUGAGACGAGAGCAUAUCAAGGCUUUCUCUCUGAUGUUUAAAGACUCCGGCCUGGAACAGAAGUACUCCCAGAUGAGGGAUGAGGUCUUCAAGUCCAACCUGGUCUGCGCCUUCAUCGUGCUCAUCUUCAUCACCACCAUCCAAAGCCUGCUUCCCUCUGCCAGAAUGGUGACCAUGGUGGUCCAGUUCUCCAUCCUCAUCCUGCUCCACUCCUGCCUGGUCCUGGUCACGACGGCAGAGGACUACAAGUGUCUGCCUCUGGUCCUCAGGAAAACCUGCUGCUGGAUCAACGAGACCUACGCCGCCCGGAACGUCAUCAUCUUCGUCUCCAUCCUCAUCAACUUCCUGGCAGCCAUGAUCAAUAUACUGUGGUGCGACUUCGACCUGUCCAGCAGCUUCAGGAACCAGACGUACAACGAGUCGGCCUCCGUGCCCGACAUCUGCUUCUACCCAGAGUACUUUGUGUUCACCGGGGUUCUGGCCAUGGUGACGUGUGCCGUGUUCCUGCGGCUGAACUCCGUGCUGAAGCUGGCGGUGCUGCUGGUGAUGAUCGCCAUCUACUCGCUGCUGACGGAGGCGUUCUACACCUCGCUGUUCAUCCGCUACGACGCCGUGCACCACAACACAGAGAACUUCCUGGGAACUAAAGAGACGUCUCUGCUCCUCAUGGCCAUGUUCCUCCUGGCGGUGUUCUACCACGGGCAGCAGUUGGAGUACACGGCUCGACUGGACUUCCUGUGGCGCGUCCAGGCCAAAGAGGAGAUCAACGAGAUGAAGGAGCUGCGAGAGCACAACGAGAACAUGCUGAGGAACAUCCUGCCCAGCCACGUGGCGCGCCACUUCCUGGAGAAGGACCGGGACAACGAGGAACUCUACUCGCAGUCCUACGACGCCGUGGGUGUGAUGUUCGCCUCCAUCCCGGGCUUCGCCGACUUCUACUCCCAGACCGAGAUGAACAACCAGGGAGUGGAGUGCCUGAGGCUGCUCAACGAAAUCAUCGCCGACUUUGACGAGCUGCUGGGCGAGGACCGGUUCCAGGACAUCGAGAAGAUCAAGACCAUCGGCAGCACCUACAUGGUCGUGUCCGGUCUGUCGCCGGAGAAACAGCAAUGUGAAGACAAAUGGGGGCACUUGUGUGCGUUGGCAGACUUUGCCAUCGCCCUCAACGAGAGCAUCCAGGAGAUCAACAAGCACUCCUUCAACAACUUUGAGCUGAGGAUCGGUAUGGCCCACGGCUCGGUGGUGGCCGGUGUGAUCGGUGCCAAGAAGCCGCAGUACGACAUCUGGGGGAAGACGGUGAACCUGUCCAGCCGAAUGGACAGCACGGGCGUGAGCGGCAGGAUCCAGGUGCCGGAGGAGACCUGCGUGAUCCUCAAGGAGCGCGGCUUCGCCUGCGAGUACCGUGGAGAGAUCUACGUGAAGGGCAUCAGCGAGCAGGAGGGCAAGAUCCGCACGCACUACCUGACGGGCCGCGUGCAGCCCAACCCGCUCAUCAUGCAGCCGCGCAAGAUCACCGGCCAGUACUCGCUGGCGGCCGUGGUGCUGGGCCUGGUGCAGUCGCUCAACCGGCAGAAGCAGAAGCAGAUCCUCAACGAGAACAACAACUCUGGCAUCUUGAAGGGCCACCACCACUACAACCGCAGGACGCUGUUAGCGCCCGGCUGCUCGGAGGCGGGGGCGGGGCAUCACGCCGAAGCGGCUGAUAAGACCGAGCUGUCCUGA